GUGGCGGACGAGUCGGGGAGUCCUGGCGGUGGCGUCCAUGGCGGCCGGGCAAGGCGGAGGCACCACGGCCAGUGGGGGCGGCGAGGGUCCCGGUGGACCGGCUCCUGGUCCUGUCCCCGGCCCAGCCCCCCCCAGCGCCGCCUCCUCCUCCUCCACCUCCACCUCGGAGCCGGGCUCGGGCUUCUUCGGCCUGGGCCUGCCGGCUCACCUGACACUCUCGUAUCCCGGCACGGGCCCGGCCUGGGGCGCGGCAGGCGGGUACUCUGGCUGCGGGGCCGGCGCCUCGCCGCCUCUCUCUUCAGCCGCGGCGUCCUCGUCGGGCGGAGCCGCCUCGUCGUCCCCGCACACCGGCCGCAGCCUUGACAAGGCCCUGGAGGAGGCCAGUAGCUCCGGCAUCCUCUGCCUCAGCGGGAGGAAGCUGCGCGAGUUCCCCGCCGCCACCAGCUCCGCGAACGGCGGCUACGACCUCAGCGACACCACGCAAGCCGACCUUUCCAAGAACAGAUUUGCUGAAAUUCCUCCAGAUGUGUGGCAGUUUGCGCCACUUGAGACACUGAACUUGUAUCACAACUGCAUCAAAUCAAUCCCUGAAGCAAUUAAAAAUCUGCAGAUGCUAACAUAUCUGAAUAUCAGUCGAAAUCUUUUAUCAACCUUGCCAAAAUACCUGUUUGAUCUGCCACUUAAGGUUUUAGUUGUCAGCAAUAAUAAGCUUGUGUCCAUUCCUGAAGAAAUUGGGAAGCUGCGAGACUUAAUGGAAUUGGAUAUUAGUUGCAAUGAAAUCCAGGUCCUUCCACAACAAAUAGGAAAACUGCAGUCACUUAGAGAAUUAAAUUUAAGAAGAAAUAAUCUGCAUAUACUACCUGAUGAAUUAGGAGACCUUCCCUUGGUAAAACUGGACUUUUCUUGUAAUAAAAUCACAGAGAUACCAGUCUGUUACAGGAAACUGCGUCAUUUGCAAGUGAUAAUUUUGGAUAACAAUCCAAUGCAGUUACCACCAGCACAGGUAUGCUUAAAGGGCAAAGUACAUAUAUUUAAAUUCCUCAGCAUUCAAGCAUGCCUCAGAAUAGAUAAAAAGCCAGAUUCUUUGGAUUUGCCAUCUCUGGGUAAAAGAAUCCCUUCUCAGCCCCUCACAGACAGUAUGGAAGAUUUUUAUCCAAAUAAAAACCAUGGCCCAGACUCUGGAAUCGGUAGUGAUAAUGGGGAUAAAAGAUUAUCCACUACAGAACCAUCCGAUGACGACACAAUCAGCCUUCACUCUCAGGUAUCGGAAUCGACCAGGGAGCAGACACUCAGAAAUGACAAUCAGUUGCUAGGAAAUAAACCUGAAUUGCAAAAAGACCCAGAUGUGUGUGAUUACCUUGAUCCCACCUCUGAGGAUGUGGCCUCUUGUGACCAAGGAGGUAUACAAACUGGACCAGCAGUCUGUUAUAUUAAGGAGCGCGUAAAGCAGGCUGAGAAGUCAAAAAAAACGGAACGAAAUGAAGAUUGGGGGGAUGAGAAAAGGAGUCAGAGAGAACAGUUGUUGGCAGAGGAAGAUGAUGAAUUGAAGGAAGUGACUGACCUAAGGAAAAUAGCUGCUCAGCUGUUGCAGCAGGAGCAGAAGAACAGGCGGAGGCCUUUAAGCUAUAGAACUUCAUUCAGUGAAAAGCUCUUCCAGAGGACAAGGGCUGCAGGACGCGCAUCAAGACUUUUGAAUCACUCCACAUCUGUAAGCACAAGAAACAGACCAAAACAGACUGCGGAAUCCGAAAAAAGCCUUUCAGCAGAUGAAGCAAAUUCUCCAUCAUCCCCCUACACUUGGCAGUCACUGGAAAAUCAGAAGGACCAGUCAGAUGAGCAGCACUGGCCAGACACUCAGCCAGUUAUCUGGCAGAAUGAGGAGAGGAGACGGAGCAAGCAAAUCAGAAGAGAAUAUUUCAAGUAUAAGUCUUCCCGGAAGAGUUCAAGUGGAAAUGAAAAUGAUGAGCAAGACAGUGAUAAUACUAAUGUGUCCCCACAGUCUCCUGUGUCAUCCGAGGAUUAUGACAGGGCAGAUGGUAGUUCUCACGGCCCCUUUGGACUGAAGCCCAGAUCAGCUUUUAGCCGUUCUCGUCAGGACUACAGCACUGUAGACCCUGGAUUCACAAUGAGAAGGAAAAUGGAACACUUGCGGGAAGAGAGAGAGCAAAUAAAACAGCUACGCAAUAAUCUUGAGUCACGGUUGAAAGUAAUUUUGCCAGAUGACAUUGGAGCAGCACUGAUGGAUGGGGUCGUCCUGUGCCAUUUAGCCAAUCAUAUAAGACCACGCUCUGUUGCCAGUAUUCAUGUCCCGUCACCAGCUGUGCCUAAACUCAGUAUGGCGAAGUGCCGAAGAAAUGUUGAAAAUUUCCUUGAUGCUUGCAAAAAACUGGGUGUCCCACAGGAGAGACUUUGCCUGCCUCAUCAUAUUUUGGAAGAACGAGGUCUUGUGAAAGUUGGACUCACAGUUCAGGCUCUUCUGGAAAUACCUUCGUCUAAAGCACCUCAGCUUUCCUGUCUGUAAGAAGACUCUUGGAAAACAAACAUUGCCAUGAUGUGGUUGCAAUGGAUUGAUGCCAACCAGUCCAGCUUCCUCUAGAGGAACACCUCAAGCCAUCAAAAGUUGUUUCAGGCCAGAUGGUUUAGAUGGAGCCUUAUUUUGGACCUCUGUGUAGAAUCAUGAUGUCAAACUGACAGUGACCCAGCUUAGUAAAGAAUUGUACUGCGUGCUUGUUGGACUCAGAGCCAUCAGAUUUUGAGAUCUUCAGUCUCUUGCCAGGUCUUAAUUCUCUCAUUAGCACUUCAUGAUAUUGUUUUUCCCCCUUAAACAAAAAAACAACCUGGAAUACUAUUAUGCUGCUCUGUUCUUGGGUCUUAGAGUUGCAGCACGCAUUAUAGGAGACCAGAGGAAUAUGCAUGGGCAGGGAGUCCAGUUGUUGGCUCUCUGUGAUCAUGGAUUCAUUGCUUGUAAUGUGCAUUUGUCUCCUGUGCCAGGUUGUCUGCACACUGCGGGUCCAGGCUAAAAAUGUGAUAUGAAAAGUAGCUCUCAAAUGACUGCUGCUACGUAGUUGGUAGAAAUCUGGUUCGUCAUUCACAUUCUCCUCUAUUACCAUAUUCCAAAAUAUUUGUCUUUCAUUUCUUGCACUUCUUACUAUUGUACCA